UUCCUCAAGCUCUAGCCGAACUCCCUCACGCCAUCCUCUUUCCUGGUGUUCAUCCCUGCGGCAACCACCACUUGGGCGCUCCUCUCCCUGCCCCUCCCAUGGCGGCUCCCCCUGGAUCCCUCCCUGCGCGGCCCCUCUCCCGUGGAUGGUGCCGCCCCUUCCUGCAGCACGUCGUGCUCCCUCCCCUGGCGCCCUCGUCCCCAACGCCGGAAAUGCCGCUGCUGCUCCACCAGCCGCUACUGCUCCUGAACGCCAGUGCCGACCACCAUCUCCCAUGGCGCAGGAGCUCCCCAAUCUCCUCUUGCCAGGGCGCCGUCGCUGAGCUCGCCCUGCCCCAGCCAUGGACGCCGUCGGGCCACCCGUCUCCUAUCUCCCCUCGCCCUCAUCCUCUGGCUGCUGCCCCUUCCUAUUCCUGGUGGCUGAGUCUUCUUCCAUGGAUGCUGGCUGUGCUGCCCUCCCUGGUGCUCACCUCUGCCCCCUGCGUUGGAUGGCCGGUUGCUCCUGCCCUAGAUUAUCCUCAUGCCCGGCCGCGGUACAACAGCAACAGCCAUGAAACCCCAUCGUGUCGCGCCCUCGACGUGUUCGACGGAAUAUCGCAGCACGUGCCGACCCGAUCUGCAGCCCUGGUUGCGAGGACGUCGAACCCCGCUACCGUCGACGUUGUGCCUCGCGCUUCACCAAUGCGAUGAAAUGUCUGAGCGAAUAGACGGCAUGCGACCCGAGUUUGAUUCUGCCAGGUUGUUUGAUGUGUAUUUUACUCAUUGUGAUUUAGUUGAUGUGUUUGUAUGUGCGAGGUGAUGAGAAAAAUAAAGGAGAUGCGUCGUUCGAUAAUAAAGAUUAAGUUAAAAUGUAGUUUAUGGUGUGAAGAGUGUCGAUAAAUAUGUAUGCCAUUGUGUGAUAUGGCAUAAGUUAGAAUUAAGGCGAGUAUGUAUUGUAUUAUGAAACUAAUUAGAGAUAUGCAUGAUGCUUGUAAGUGGAUUGUACGCAGAGUACUUUGGUAAGGGUAUUUCUCAAGUAUAAAUGAUUUGGUUAUUGUAUAUGAAUUGAGUGAUCAAGUUAAUAAUGUAAAAACAACGUUUAGUACUUAUAGCGCUUUGCCGACAAGAUUUAUUGGUGGUUGAGUGAAUUUCUAAUGUAUGGUGACAUGAAUGCCUUGUUGUAUUAUGUGGUUUUAGUUCUACUAAAGAUAAAGUGUUGAGUGUUCUAAAUGUUAAAAGCAUGAUAAGUGUAGAAGUUAAAUAAGAUCUAAGUUAGAGUUCUUGCUGUUUGGACUGCAUGUCCAAUUUUAUGACGUGGCUAGUUAAGUAAAGUAAACCGUGUUUUCUGUAGAAAUGUAAUAUAUAAAACUUGUAGAUAAUCUUUUUAUCUUUCUUGUGUAAAAAUUGCAUGACCAUAGGUUCAGUAGUUUAGGAGUUAUGAUUUUUCCAAGUCCAGUUUCAGAAUCUGUCCAGAUUCUGUACUGAUUUCGAAAAUGACCUUGUUUGUCCAAGUUAAACUGAGAAUUAGCUCUUAGUAAUUAUAGGAUAAUUGUAGUACUUUUCUUAAGCUUUCCAACAAAUUUUGGAUCACCCUUUUUGGUGAUCUAUAAAUUAAGUUACAGCUGUUUGAGUUAGUAUCUCUGAAUCUAUCCAAAUCUGGACAGCAAUGUUUGUUUGUAUUAACUGACUUCGAUACACAUUGAAUCACUUUGAGAUGAUUAUAAAUGAAUUAUAGACAAUUCUAUUAGCUUUCUAAAAAGUCUAGGAUCACCUGAUUUGGAUUUAUGAAACUCCAGUUAUGGAUUUUUGAAGUGAAGAGCCGAAUUCUGUCCAAAUCUGGACAGAAUUAAAGUUUAGCACUGUUUGACCAUUCAAACUGUUGAAUCAUGUUGUGAUGAUAAUAUAAGAGUUAUAGGACAAGUUUGGGAGCCACAAAACCGGAGAGGAUUCCAGAGGCUAAAUUCUCCUUCUUAUUUAAAAUUGAAUAAAAAAGGGAAUUUAUCCUCUCCAAUCCUCUCCGGGUUUAUAGCUCCCAAACUAGCUCAUAGAGGACUUUCUAAGCUUUCCAGAAAGUCCUAGUUUACUAUUUUUGGAUGCAUAUUUUGUGAGUUAUGAAUAAAACAAUUAAUCGUUAUGCUGUUGUCUACAUGUUUUUGUGCAUGUCCGAGAACGGUUGCUCGACUUCUUCAUGAAUGAGGUGAUAGACAUUAGUGGAUCAUGCAGGGUUGAGGGUGCUUCAUAUAACUAAAUCUAGCAUGGCUUCCUAGGAAAAGAUGGAAUGGCCACACCAGUGUCGAGACUUGAUUUCAUAUAUAUUUAGUUAGGCACAACGAUAGCGCAAACAGUUGAUUACCAAAUUUGUCAAUUAGUAUUUUAGUUUGGAUAUAGAGUAUGCUUAUGCAUGAGCUAUUUCACAAUGUUUAUUUAUGAGAUAUAUAAUGGUAAUUUAGAAUGAUAUCAUCCUACUUUCAUAUAUUUGAUGGACAUCACAUAUGCAUCUAGAUUUUUCUCCAAGUUUUAGCAUGUAGUACAUAGGACUAGGUGUCGAUCCGGAUUGUGGCGCCCGACGAGGUGGGGGCGUCGUUUGAGAGGGCCGAUGAGGUGAUCUUCGAGGAGAGCUUACAGUGAAGGAGACAUUCAGGUUUGAAUGAUAAGCAUCUCCUUUUCUCCUGUACUGUUCUAUUGUAACAAGGAAGUUGCUAUCCUACUCGUCAUGGGGAAAAGAGCGCACUUACAGCGUAAAAGUCUUUUCUUUAACAAGGAAGUUGCGUUACCCUUUUUUUUAUUAGGUCAUUACUUUAGCUGAUCCAUGCCUUUCUAUUCUGCACAGUAUUCUGUUUUCUUUCAAGUUGGCUGCUUUUGUAUGCAAGACAAGAUAGUGGUACAUGUGUUGUCGCGAUUCUGUGUUGAAGGCAUGAAUGCGAAAAUCUGGUAGAUGCUUAUUAAUUUGCUAGGCACUUAGCGUUUCCAAUUUUGACAGAACCUUGGAGCCAACACGCCUCGACCAGCAGCAAAUGUUUGUGUGACCAUCAGUGACCUCAAUACUGUGUUGAUUUGCUAGUUUGCUACAUCCCUCUACAGAGAUCAUUGCUUUCAGCACUUUAAAAUCACAUUUUACUUUGUGUUAUUUUCUUGAGAACGUGUUUCAUUUAUAGUACUUAUGUAGCCUGACAGGCUCCAGUUUACCUGUAGCAUCUGAAAUUUCCUCUGCCCAAACCGACUAAAAGAAGCAGAAAACCCAGCAUGUGAAUAAAUACCUUGUCACAGAUCUUCAUACUCAUCGCUAGAAUUUCUGAUAUGAAAAUUGUAUGGUAGUUCCUAGAAAUUGCUAUAUAAUCUGCUGCUCUGACCUGAGAAAUUAGUAUAGGGGUAAUCUAUGUAUUAGCGAAAGAGCUACUAUGCUCUCAGAUAUAAUAAAAAGGAACUAUUGUUGAGAAAUUUAAGUUUAUGUAUUUGACUACUAUCAGCUAUAGUGCAAUGUGCAAGUAAUAAUAUAAGCUAUUCUGCAGUAAUAAUUUUUUCUUUCCAUCUAACUUGAACUGCUGACAGAUAUGAAAUGAGGUUGAGAUAUUACAAGGGCAGCUUUUUCCACGAGACCUCGCCUUGCAUGGAGAUGUAGCGCAAGACUGUAUAUUUCUGGUUUGAUUCCUGGAUCCCGUGCCUUGCAUGGAGAUGUAGCGCAAGCGCAGCGUGAAGUAUGUGAAUUCUUCUUCGAUUUAAUAACCUUGGCAAUCAUUUGAUUUUCAGGUAAUACUGGUGUUGCUGUCAUGCUUUAUGAGCCCAGAUAUAAGCACAGUGUCAGCAGACUAGAAAGGGAGCCUGGGGUUAAAUUUAAGCAUAUCUCUGCGCCACAACCUACUGAUGUAGCACAAUCUGCUGGCAGUGAAGCUGCAGAUGCCAUUGCGAGUGUGUCAGACAGUGUUAUUCCUAUCUUCAGGCAGCAAGCAGAGCAGUUGCUAAGCUCUUCCAGUCUGUCUGCAGCUGACUUGCUUGUCAAAGCACUUGCGAAGGCAGUUGGUUACACGGACAUAAAGAAAAGAUCAUUGUUAUCUUUCUUGGAGGAUUACAGUACACUACAUCUUCAAACUGGCAGACCGAUGUGGUCACCUGGGUUUGCUAUAACAUUCCGGUGAUCGUGUUUCUUCAUCGUCGGGGUCAUAUUUGUUCCCAUUGGUGUUUUCUUCAGUUUGACGUCGGCAACGUGGUCAUGGUGACCGGCGGGAGGAACACCGGGUGUGUAGGAGUGAUCAAGAACUGGGAGAAGCACAAGGGCAUCUUCGAGGUCAUCGACGUGCUACUUGGAGUUUUUGCAUGCUAUGUCUAGUUUUCUCCUAUUUGUUGUACAGGAAAACAUAGAAUGGAAUUCAAAUUUGGUGGUCCUAAAAGUGUGGAGACUUUAAUUCAUAUAAAGUUAGGCUUAACAUUAGUGCAAACAGUUGUAUUUUAGUUUAGAUUUAGAGUACACUUAUGUAUGUGUUGUUUGACAAUGUUUAUUUAUGAUAUAUUGAAUGGUACUUAUUUAUAUUAUAUUAA